AUGUAUGGCUAUGAAGUAUUAAACAGCCUGCUAUCGAAGAGACCGUGGCGCGAUAGUCCGCGCUUCCCGACGGUCACCUUCUGCGACUUCGAAAUCCGCCAGCUACAGAACGUGCAGACGUUCACGGUACAGUGCGUGCUCCCCGCCAACCUCUUCAACGAGAAAGUGUUUAUCUUCAUGUGGUUUUGGUUAUCUCUCGUCACACUUGUGUCCGUGUUCAGCCUACUAAAGUGGGUCUACAUCUCCACUUAUAAGCCGUCCAACCUGCGUUACGUUAAGAAAUACCGCACAAUCGUCGGCAAAUUCCCAUUGAGGACAGAGCGGCGGCUGUUCAAGCGGUUUGUGCACCAAUACCUCCGGGACGACGGCGUGUUCGUGUUACGCAUGCUCGCCAGAAACACUACUGAUAUUGUGAUCGCGCUCCUCAUUGAUAAUCUCUGGCAGAACUACGUGGGCCAGCAGAAGCGCCAGUUGAAGAACGGGUCAUGGUCCAAGAAUGAAACGAAUCAAUUGGCAUCCGAUUAA